GCGAAUUCCUCGGCCCUGGAGCGGAGAAACUCGCUGCAGGGAGAAGGUCGUGGUUCCUUUCGGACGGUCCGACGUGAUGGCAAGCAUCUUGUUGAACUCUGCUAAUAAACUGGCACUUGAGGCCUGGAUGGCAGAAACGGGCAUUGACCUUGUCCAGGUCAAUGGCCAACGUAAGUUUGGCGGACCCCCUCCAGGUUGGACAGGACCCCCACCCCUGAGUGGCACUGAAGUGUUCAUUGGAAAGUUACCCCAGGAUCUGUACGAGGACACACUGAUUCCGCUGUUUCAGUCUGCCGGCACGCUGUACGAGUUCCGCCUCAUGAUGACGUUCAGUGGGGAGAACCGUGGCUUUGCCUACGCCAAGUUCGCCAACCGCUGCUAUGCCCAGUGCGCCAUCGCCAUGUUCAAUGGUUACCGGAUUAGGGACGGCCGUCCCAUCCUGGUAUGCUGGAGCACCGAGAAGGACCAGCUUUGCGUUGGAGGCAUUCCGUUGUGCAGGAACAGGGAGGAGGUGCUGGGCGUGCUGAGGGAGCUGACCGAGGGAGUGUCAGAUUUAUCACUGCACCUGAGCCCAGAUCGGAAGAAGGAGAUGACCAAGUUUGCCGUGGUCAAGUAUGAGAGUCACCGGGCCGCAGCGUUGGCGAAGAAGAAACUGGUAGAAGACUGUAUUGAACUCUGGGGUCAACCCAUUGAAGUUAAUUGGGUGAAACCAGAUAGAGUGCACAAGCGUCUGUCCGACCCAUCACCCAGCCUCUCGCUGCCCGUGUUGCCAGGGAUGGCUGGAGAGCUUUGCUUGCCGCCAAUGUGUUGUGCACCCAGCCCUUCCGCUUCCACGGUAAAGAGGGGUAAGUUGCCCCAGCAACCAGAGUCAGAGGAAAGCUCGGCUCCACUGAAUGAGGGCUGUGGUCUCGUCAGCCUCCUAAACGCCUACUGCACAAAGAAGCGGCUGGGGGUCCCGAAAUAUCAUGUGCAGCCUCUGGGAUUGGAUGAGCAUUGCUUCUUGGUUAAGGUCUUCUUGCCAGGUCUUGAUGCCCAUUUCAGUUGGACAGUGAUGCUCACCCCAGGAGAUCGGGCCUUGGCCCAGGAUGUCCUGAGGGAAGAGGCUGCCCGUCAGGUCCUGAUGUUCUUGGGGUUUUGAUGGCUUUAAUCCGCCCCCCCCAAUACUCGAGAGAGCUGAACCUGAAUGACUGGUUUCUCUGAGCUACAUAUUUCCUGAA